AUGUCUUGGCUCGGUGUCACUCCUCUCAAGAAGUUCCCCACACCCGUCCUUAAGCCGCUCGCUCCUUUCUUCGCCGCCGGUUUAAUCAUUGCCUACGGUGUUAGCUCAGCGCAAAGUUCCAUGAUGAAGUCCGAUGAAUGGAAGAACGACCCGCGCAACCCCAAUGCGAAAUCAGGAGGACAUUAA